GUCGGGGUCACGUUUAUUGUUGAAGAGGAAAUAUGUCUGUACUGAUUUUAUUCAAUUUGAACGAUGCAAAAAAUAUAUUUACAGCCUCAACCAGAAGUGCGUUGGUCAACAAAACCAGCCAACCUUUGAUAAACGCAUUCAACCAGAUCACUGGAAAUGAGACAGAGAAGAAGACCACCCUUGACCAAGCUCUGAGGCAGGUCCUGGAGGAGCAGAUUGUGGAAAAGAAAGCACUCGUCGAUGACUUCCUGUCUCUCAUCUAUCUCAGCAUUGAUGGAGUCACUGAAGGUAUCUGCUCCGCCACCACUCCUUUCCUACUGUUGGGAGAUGUUCUGGACUGUCUUCCUCUGUACCAGUGUGAUAAGGUCUUCUCCUUUGUUGAAGAGAAUGUCUCCACCUGGAAGUCUAACUCCUUUUACACUGCUGGGAAGAACUACUUGUUAAGGAUGUAUAAUGAUCUUUUGAGGAGGUUGUCCAAGUCUCAGAACACAGUCUUCUGUGGACGGAUCCAGCUGUUCCUGGCUCGUCUCUUUCCCCUGUCUGAGAAAUCAGGUCUGAACCUGCAGAGCCAGUUUAAUCUCAACAACAUCACAGUGUUCAACAAAAAUGAGAAAGAGAGCACUCUUGGCCAGAAGCCCACAGAGGAGGAUGGGAUGGAAGUGGAGGAGGGGGAGAUGGGAGAUGAGGAACCUAGUGCACCUGCGCCAUGUUCCAUCCCUAUCGACUACAACCUAUACAGAAAGUUCUGGACUCUGCAGGACUACUUCAGAAACCCUGUUCAAUGUUAUGAGACGUUUUCCUGGAUGACUUUCCUCAAGUAUUCAGAUGAGACGCUGGCAGUGUUUAGAAGCUUCAAGCUGGACGACAUGCAGGCUUCUAAAAGGAAGCUGGAAGAGCUGAGGACGGCAGGAGGAGACCACGUUUACUUUGCCAAGUUCCUUACCAGUGAGAAGUUGAUGGACCUGCAGCUCAGUGACAGUAACUUCAGACGACACAUCCUCCUGCAGUACCUUAUCCUGUUCCAGUACCUCAAGGGACAGGUCAAGUUCAAAAGCUCCAGUUGUAUCCUGAAUGAUGAUCAGUGUUCAUGGAUGGAGGAGACCACCAAAGUUGUGUACCAGCUGCUCAGAGAGAUCGCACCGGAUGGAGACAAGUUUGCCACCAUGGUCGAGCAUGUCCUAAACACAGAGGAGAACUGGAACUCGUGGAAAAAUGAGGGAUGCCCAAGCUUUGUGAAGGAAAGACCAGUAGAUGACAAACCCAAGAGACCCAUGAGGAAGAGACAAGCUCCAGAAGACUUCCUAGGUAAAGGCCCUGACAGGAAGGUCUUCAUGGGGAAUGAUGAACUCACGAGACUGUGGAAUCUGAAUCAUAACAAUAUGGCAGCUUGCCAGUCAGUUAGCAGGGAAUUCAUGCCUACUCUGGAGGAGUUCUUUGAAGAGGCCAUUGAACAGGCUGACCCAGCCAACAUGGUGGAAGAUGAGUACAAGGUGGUGCGUAACUCAAACUAUGGCUGGCGAGCCCUGCGUCUGUUGUCUAGGAGGAGUCCCCACUUCUUCCAGCCCACCAACCAGCAGAUCAAGAGCCUGGCUGACUACCUGGAGAGCAUGGUCAUCAAACUGGCCAAGGAGCUGCCGAAGGACCUCCCGUCUGAGGAGAUAAAGACAGGAGAGGAAGACUAUGAAGACAACGGCGACACCCUUCUCAAAGAGAGCAACGACAGUCUGAGCAUGCAGACCAAACUGGUGUCUAACCAGCAGAUGGAUGACAUAGCAGUCAAGCUGGGUUCCCAAUGGAAGACCCUGGCUGGCCAGCUGGAGAUAAAAGCAGCGGAGAUCCGGGAGAUUGAGACAGACAGCAAGGAUGUGGACAUGCAGGCCAAGCUGCUGCUGGUGGCCUGGCAGGACCGUGAGGGGACACAGGCCACCGUCGAGAGCCUGGUUCCAGCACUCAAUGCUGCUGGCUUCCCCAAGAUCGCAGACAUCCUCAACGAGACAUAGAUCAAGGCCUUCAUGCGUAGACAUGUACUGUAAUUUCAUCCCCCGUAGAAUCUUUAAAUAAACGCUCAACUUUGACUUGAGCUUUAUAUACUUACGAUCCCUCACAGGUCAAUGCAUACAUAUUGUAUGUGCAGGGCAUUUAGAUGGAUAAAAGUGAGUCAUUUAAUCAGAACAUGGUUUGGUAUAAGUUUAUUUUCACCAUUUAUGAAAAGCCAUCAGGAUAAUGACUGCAUGUAUGAGGGAGAAGCGUUAUAGUCACACUGUAUUAGAGGUAUUGAACCGCUCGUAUGGUGACAAAUCACAAUAGCAAUGUGCAAGACAGUUUUGUUUCGCAAGGGGUGUAAGAAUUCAUUAUGGUUUGAAUAGUGGGCACUGUAGGUGAUAGGGGAGGUCUCCAAUACAUUUGAAUUAUAGGUACAGGAUAAAUUGAAAGACACCUGAACCAGAUUAGAUAACUUGGCCAAAGACUAUGUACAGCUGAUUAGUUAUGACUACAGAGAAGUACUGACAUGAGCACCUUGUUCAAGGAUUUAAAAAAUAUACAAUGUGUAUAAAACAAUAACUGCAGAACUAGAAACACAACCGCUCAAUGAUCCAGUCCAGAGAUUGCCUGGCUCAAAAAUAAACCAUUUAAAACCUU